CGCCACCAAUCAGCGUGGGCCACGGUCCAUAUUUUCCUAUAGACAGCUAGUUUAGGAAAGCUUGCGAUAAUAGCGGUAAAGGUUGUGGCAUCUGUAAGUAGGCUGAUACAAAUAUGAGAUCAGUUUUAGGUGUGCUGGUGUGCUCCUGGGCGGUCCUGUCGGUUCAUGCCCUGUACUCUCCCAGCGACGAUGUGAUUGAGCUCACUGCCUCCAACUUCAAUCGGGAGGUUGUGCAGAGUGACAGCCUGUGGCUGGUGGAGUUCUAUGCCCCCUGGUGUGGCCACUGUCGGAACCUGGUACCUGACUGGAAGAAGGCCGCCACGGCACUUAAGGGCAUCGUGAAGGUUGGAGCUGUGGACGCAGACCAGCACAAGUCUCUAGGGGGGCAGUUCAGCGUGCGCGGCUUCCCCACAAUCAAGAUAUUUGGGGCCAAUAAGAACAAGCCAACGGACUACCAAGGUGGCAGGACUAGCCAGGCUAUAGUAGACGAGGCUCUUAAGGCCCUGCACUCCCUGGUCAAGGACCGCCUCGGGGGCCGAACAGGAGGCUCCGACUCCAGCAGACAGGGUGGCGGGAGCGGUGGGGGCAGCAAGAAGGACGUAGUGGAGCUGACGGACGACAACUUUGACCGCACCGUGCUGGAGAGCGAUGCCGUGUGGAUGGUGGAGUUCUUCGCCCCCUGGUGUGGCCACUGCAAGAACCUGGAGCCAGAGUGGGCCGCCGCCGCCAGUGACGUCAAAGACCAUACCAAGGGCCGAGUCCGCCUGGGAGCGGUGGACGCCACUGUGCACCAGAUGCUGAACAGCCGUUACGGGGUCCGUGGAUUCCCCACCAUUAAGAUCUUCAGGAAAGGGGAGGAGCCGGAGGACUACCAGGGAGGCCGCACCCGCUCUGACCUCGUGGCUCGCGCCCUGGACCUCUUCUCCGACAACACCCCCCCUCCAGAGAUCCUGGAGAUUCUCAAUGAGGGCGUCCUGAAGAAGUCCUGUGAGGACAGCCAGCUGUGCGUCAUCGCCGUGCUGCCCCACAUUCUGGACACAGGUGCUGCGGGUCGUAACGGCUACCUGGAGGUGAUGAUGAAGAUGGCCGACAAGUACAAGAAGAAGACGUGGGGCUGGUUGUGGGCAGAGGCUGGCACUCAGAUGGACCUGGAGUCGGCUCUUGGCAUCGGGGGUUUCGGGUACCCCGCCAUGGCGGCUAUAAACGCCCGCAAGAUGAAGUUCGCCCUUCUCAGGGGCUCCUUUAGCGAGACCGGCAUCCACGAGUUCCUCAGGGACCUGUCCAUGGGCCGCGGCUCCACGUCUCCCGUGGGCGCUGGCGUCCUGCCCAAGAUCAACGCAGUGGAAGCCUGGGAUGGCAAAGAUGGAGAGUUGCCUGUAGAGGAUGACAUUGACCUGAGCGACAUCGAUCUGGACGAAAUGGACAAGGAUGAGUUAUGAGUCCUUACAUAAGGCCUGGGCAAGAUGAGAGCUAGGCUGACCAGAUGUGUGUGUGUGUGUGUGUGUGUGUGUGUGUGUGUGUGUGUGUGUGUGUGUGUGUGUGUGUGUGUG